CAAUAUUUGACACGACACGAUAACACGACAUGGAUACGACACGAAGUUAAACGGGUUCGGGUUGAGGUUUUUUGAUAUUCGGUCUAAACGGGUUCAACCCGUUUAGACACGAUUAAUAAACGUGUCUUAACGGGUUGAACUCGCAUAACCCGAUUAGACACGAUUAAACCUGUUUAUUUAAACGUGUUUAAUCGUGUUAUUUAAUCGUGUAAUCCGUUAACCCGUUUAUCUAAUCGAAUUUACCAAUAUACCCUUCCACUAACCCUAAUUUUAAAAUUCCUCCUGCUACUGCGCUGCUUGCUUGGGAAGUUCCCGUUCCGCCUCCACCUCUGUCACUGUCAGCAGAAGAACUGAAGAAGCCUCCAUCGCUCCACCGUGACGCGCCCCUUGCUCUCAAGUCUUGAUCGUCACUAUCAUCACUGCCGCUGGCCUUUUCUUCUGAUCUAACUUCGGUUUCUUCCUGUUCUGCUCAAGGAAAUUGUUCUUAUCUCUGCUGAUCCUUCAUUUCUUUGCCGCAAUCAGUGGAUCCCAGCCUUGGUUACUGUAAUCUGUUGGACACAGCGAUGGUGGCAGUGAUUCAUCAUUUGAUCCGAGAUGAGUUCAGAAAAUAAUUUGGAGGUGAACCUGGAAUCCUCUGGGAAGGAAAAUCCUUUAUUCACAAUAAAUGAAGAUGAUGAUGUAAUUGAGCUCAUUGGAGAUGAGAUCAAAGACACUGUAACAGGAGCUCAGGCAGGGACAUCGACGGGCAAGCGAAAAAGAAGGCUUACCUCACCUGUGUGGCACUUUUAUGAGAGGUUGGCAGAAAAGACGAUUGAUGGUAAGAGUCGUUGUAAGUGCAAGAAGUGCGGCGCUAUUUUUAUUUCUGAUAGUCAAUAUGGGACUGGAAAUCUGAAAAGGCAUAGUGAAAAAUGCGUUCGUAAGGAUACACGAGAUGUUGGUCAGUUGCUCAUGAACCAUGAUAUUUCUUUGAGAAAUGCUACAUUUGAUCCUGAACGCUUUCGUGAGUUAUUGAUUGCUGCCAUGAUUAUGCAUGAUCUGCCUCUUGCCUUCGUGGAGUAUGCUGGAAUUAGAUCUGUGUUCUCAUAUUUGCGUGAGUCGGUCUCUGUUAUAUCUCGAAACACUGCAAGGGCUGAUGUGUUGAAAGUUUAUAAGAAAGAGAAGUCACGGAUUAAAUGCUUGCUUGAGGAAGCUAGUGGUAGGAUUUGUUUGACAUCUGAUUUGUGGACCUCGAUUGCUACUGAUGGGUAUCUCUCUUUGACUGCACAUUUUAUUGACAAAAAUUGGAUUUUGCAAAAGAGGAUUCUGAAUUUCUCCCUGAUGCCACCUCCACAUACCGGUGUGGCAUUGUGCAAUAAGAUUACCUCUUUGUUAGCUGAGUGGGGUAUUGAGGGAAGAUUAUUUUCUAUUACUUUGGACAAUGCCUCUGCCAAUGACACUUUCGUGGGCUUGUUGAGAUCGCAUUUAAAUUUGAAUUAUGCACUCCUAGCCAAAGGUGAAUUCUUCCAUCAACGAUGUUGUGCCCACAUAAUUAAUUUGAUUGUGCAAGAUGGACUAAAAGAGAUUGAUGUUGCAGUCGACAAAGUGCGGGAGAGUGUCAAGUAUGUUAAGGGGUCUCAAGUUAGAAAAGAAAAGUUUCUUGAAUGUGUGAGACUCAUGUCUUUGAAUCCGAAGAAAGGCUUGAGGCAAGAUGUCCCUACUCGUUGGAAUUCAACCUUUCUUAUGCUUGAAAGUGCAUUUUAUUAUCGCCGUGCAUUUUGCCACCUAGAGUUAAGUGAUUCAAAUUAUACAAAUUGUCCUACCUCAUUGGAAUGGCAGAAGAUUGAGAAGAUAAAGAAGUUCUUGGGGGUUUUCUUUGAGAUUACGAACUUAUUUUCUGGAAGUAAGUAUCCGACUGCAAAUCUAUACUUUCCUUCCAUUUUCAAAGCAUAUGUAAUGCUCAAGGAGUAUAGUGAUGGGACAGAUGAAGAUCUGAGAGCAAUGUCGUUGAGGAUGCUUAUGAAAUUUGAAAAAUACUGGUCUGAAUUUUCUGUGAUUUUAUCGAUUGCGGUGAUAUUGGACCCUAGGUAUAAACUUGAGUUUGUGGAUUGGAGUUACAGAAAGUUGUAUGGUAGUCAAUCUUCAGAAUUUCAGACUGUUCGAGACAAAUUAUUCUCAUUGUAUGAAGAAUACACAACACAUCAAAAGGUGAAUCGAACAUCUGCAUUACAAGAGAAAGUGGCGUCAAAUCUUGAUCAAGAGUCAGAAUCCGUAGAUAUGCUAGAGGAGUUCGAUGAUUAUGCUGAUAAUGUGUAUUCAGCGUCUUCGAAAAAGUCUGAGUUAGAAAAGUACUUAGAUGAGACAAGGAGUGAUAGAAAGACGGACUUGGACAUUCUUGAGUAUUGGAAGCUUAACUCCCAACGAUAUCCGACGGUUGCAAGGAUGACUCGUGAUAUUUUGAGUAUUCCCGUAUCCACGGUUGCCUCUGAAGCAGCAUUCAGCUGCGGAGGUCGUGUUCUCGAUCAGUAUCGGAGUUCUUUGAAACCCGACCUUGUGGAAGCACUCAUGUGCUCUCGAGAUUGGCUUUAUGGAUUAACUGAUAGUUGUGGGAUUUCCAUGGAUCAAAUUACAGAGGAUGUGAUGAACUUAAAUAUUAGUGAGGAGCCAUCAACUCAAGGGUCUAAUACCGUGGUUAAUUAAAGGAGCGAUCAAUUCAGAUGCCAUCACUGCAAGGGCAUCUUUGGUUCUUGAUUGGCUACUACUAGCAUUGUCAGCAUUUCAUCUGAGUUAGCCUAAUUACUCUUUAUUUGAACAAUGCUACCUACUUUGGAAGAAUUAAUGAUAUGAUGCAAUUAUAAGUUAUUGUGA